AUGUCUGAUGACCCUAUACCAUCGACAUCAAUAAUCCAAGAAAAUUUUACCAAUAAUAGCGAAUAUACUUUGACAGAUUCAUCUCUCAUAUCUGAAAAUAUAGAAAUUUCUGAACCUAAUUUUGCUUCAGUAUUUGAGUACACAGAACAAAAUCAAAGCUUUGAUUCUUUAAACUUUGAUGAUUAUGCAAAAGGAUCAAAUCAAAGAAAAAAAAAAAAGUUUUCUGAUAAUAUAGAUCUUACACAAUUUGGUCUAGCUAAUGAUAUGAUUAUUGAAUCAGAUAUCGACAGUGAGCAUGAGACACAAUUUGAUCUAUUAGAUAAUA